CUGGAAAGGCAGUUAGUGAUGCAGAAUGAGAUGAGGGAAAGACAAAUGGCUAUGCAGAUUGCUUGGUCUCGGGAAUUCCUCAAAUAUUUUGGAACUUUUUUUGGCAUUUCAACCAUCUCUUUAACAGUUGGAGCAAUAAAACAAAAGAAGCCAGCCUUGCUCUUCCCUAUAGUUCCAUUAAGCUUUGUCUUCAUCUACCAGUAUGACUUGGGCUAUGGAACUCUUCUGCAAAGAAUGAAAAGUGAAGCUGAAGACAUAUUGGAAACAGAGAAGAGUAAGUUGCAACUACCAAAAGGAAUGAUCACUUUUGAAGCCCUUGAACAAGUCAGAAGGGAACAGAGCAAAUUCUUUAUAGAAAAAUGAAGCCAUGUUUACCCACUGCAUCAUAAAGCACAGAAUUGUUGAUUUGGGUCAUGGUUUUUACAGUUUUUUAAAUGCUCAAGAUUUUGAUAUAAUGGAUUUUAUUUUAAAAUGUUAAAAUGCAAGAUGUGUUUUAUUGAACUAUUUUAUGAUAAAAUUUAUAGCACAACACAAAAUCAUGGAGGUACUCUAAAUAACUUUCGGAUUUCUUGAAUAUACAUGUAUGUGCUUUGUAAUUAUCUAAGUGUGAAAUUAAUAAAUUAUAGUGUUUUGACA